CCCAGCGGAGGACGUCUCACGAUGGCUCUUCCCCUCCUGGAAACGAGCCCCAUCCCUGCCCGCUCUCGCAGCCGGAGCGCGAGCCACUGCUGCGGGGCGGAGAGGAAUCCAGGUGGGAUCCCAGGCGAGGAAAACAUCCUACAUACAGAGACGAAAGAAACACAGCCGGCUCUCUUUAGGCCACGCCCUUCCUCCUUCUGCGCCUGCGCCUCUGCUGGCGCGCGGCCGUCUUCGCAUCUGCACCUGCAGGGGGCGGCCUAACUCGCGUCGCUCUUUCUUUGCGUCACGCGGCGCUUGCGCGUUGCUUCCGGGUCAGAGGCCGGACGGCCGGGCGCUGUGUGGGCCAUGGUGCAGCUGCGGCCGCGCGCGUCCCGCGUCCCGCCGUCGGCGAUGGUGGACGAGGGCCAGCCCGCCUCCGAGGAGGAGGAGGAGGCGGAGCACGGCCUGUUGCUCGGGCAGCCCAGCAGCGGCGCGGCCGCGGAGCCGCUGGAGGAAGACGACGAGGAAGGGGACGACGAGGAAGACGACGAGGCCCCGGAGGAGCUGACUUUCGCCAGCGCCCAGGCGGAAGCACGAGAGGAGGAGCGGCGGGUUCGGGAGUCGGUGCGCAGGGACAAAACGCUCCUGAAGGAGAAGAGGAAGCGACGCGAGGAGCUGUUCAUCGAACAAAAGAAAAGGAAACUCCUUCCGGAUAACAUUCUAGAGAAGUUAACUACAGCCGGACAGACUAACAUCAAGAAAUCAUCAGGAAAGUUGAAAGAAGCGAAUUUGCAGAAGGAAAAUGAAGACUGUGACAAAGGAAGUGAUUCCAAGAAAGCUAAAGUACAAAAAGUACAGUCUGUCGGCCAGGAUAAAAGCUACUUGGCUCUAAGGCUAAAAGGUCAAGAUCUGCGAGAUUCAAGACAGCAGGCAGCAGAAGCCUUUGUACAGAAUUCUUUAUAUGGUCCAGGAACCAACAGAACUACUGUAAAUAAGUUCCUGUCUCUUGAACAUAAGAGGUUACCAGUGAAAAAGGCUGCAGCCCAGUUUCUGAAUAAUGCUUGGGGAACUCAGAAAAGACAAAAUGCGAAGAGGUUUAAAAGACGGUGGAUGGUCAGAAAGAUGAAAACUUCUAAGAAGUAAAUCAAAUGAAGUAAAUGAAGGAUGAGAACUUGUAUGUGUAGGACUCAGUUAUUUGGGUUAGAAAAUGCUCUUAAAAAGAUCUAAUAAAUGAUUUAUAAAGA